AUACAAGCCGUUUGUUGUGGUCUGGUUUUUGAGUGUCCUGAAAAACUCUAUCUGACAGUGCAGUCUUUAAUAAAGAACAAAGACAUGAACAUUGGAUCUUUGGUGUCAUAUAUUCCCAAAAGCAGAAUAUUAUUAUGGGCAGACCUGACUUACAGUGAUGCAGAAGAAAUCACCAAAACACAGUCUACAGCAGAGAUUUCAAGAAUUUUGUGCCAGGCAUUGCACAUCCAGGCUCCUGAGCCCCAGCGGGACAUUCUCCUCGAGAUGUACACAAACAUUGUGCUUUUCUGCAGACAGCAAAAGUUCAGCAAAGAGCAAACAUCUGUUCUUCUGUCCAUCAUAAAGAAUGUGCAUCAGCUUAACACAGAAACUCCCCUGAACAACAUGGACCAGUGUUUUACAUACUGCAGUGAGCUUCUGCUCUGUCAUUCUGUCAGAAGACCCCCAUUCAGUAUUGAUCUGUUCAAUUCAGCACAAGUGACUGAGAUUAUGAAAUAUCUCAUCAACACAUAUAUGAGACAUUACCUGCUUUAUAAGUACAUAUUUACACCUCAGAUGUAUUUGGAUUUAUCACUGUCUUAUGUUGGAAUGCCAGAUGAGCUCACGACGGAUCAGCUAGAAACCUCUGAAGCAGAGAUGGAAACGAAAAACAAAGCCGAUGAAGCAAGCGAGCAAGAGACGGCUUCUACAGAAACCCUGCUGACUGAGACAGAGGUGUUAAAACAAGAUCCAUCCCCCAAGGGAGAGCUGAGGACAAUUAUACAAAAAGAAGUAAAGGAGGAAGUGAUGCGUUUGACUUCUCAUCUAGAAAAACGUUUGCAGGAAAGUGAUGAUCAGCUUAAGACAGCUCUCACUGCACUAGAGACCAGACUUCACGCUAAAAAGUGAUCACUGUAGACCAGGGGUCACCACCGGAGUCGCCCGCAGGCCUUUUUAAAAAUAAUAAAUAGCUCACCAUAGCACCACUUACCAGUGAGCUGCAUCUGUCUGUUUCCUACCUUGUAAAAUCA